AUGCUGUAUCUCAAUGCUUUGUCAAAUUCGCAGAGACAACAGAUAAGAAAUGCAUUCACUCUAUUGGAUGGAGAGUCAAAGGACUCUUCAAUCACCAAAGAGGAUCUAAAAAAGAUGUACUCAAACCUAGGGAUGAAACAACCAUCAGAGUCAGAAAUUGAGACCAUGUUUACAAUUGAAAAUGUCAACCAUUCCGAAAAGGGUAUAUCCUUUACACAGUUCCUGAACAUUCUUGCAAAAGAGUUUCUGUUGGUUGAAGACAGGUUAUCGAUAUAUGAAGCUUUGCAAGUAUUUCUGGCAAAGGGCAACUACAAGUCCUUCAAGGACGAGUUGCAAAUUGAUCUAGAUGAAUUGAAAGAUGCCUGUUGUUCUGUACGAAUGAAUGAUGGAAACCGUCUAUCACGCUCCUCAUUUGAUGAAUUAGUGAAGGGGUUUGUGCUGGAGACAAUCGACGGGAAGAAGGUAUUUUUAGCAUCGAAAUGGAUGUCUGCAUACAUUGACUAG